AUGCAUAAAGAUAAGAUUGUUGGUUGUGUGGCUUGCAAUAGAGAUAACCCAGCAAAAAUAUCUUUGGCUUUUAAUAAAAACUGUAAUGAUGAAAUAUUUUUUACAACAUGUUAUGAUUCUUUAAAAUUUGAAAAUUUGUGCACUUUGAUAUGUGAUCAAAAAAUAGAUUUGUUAUUAAUUCAAAAAGAACAAGACUUUUUAAUUGAAAAAUGCACUUAUGUAAAAAUUGAGUUGAUAGAACGUUCUUGUUUAAAAGAAAAUUUAAAAGAAUUUGACGAUUAUUUUUUAAGUUGUGCUAUAUCAGCAUUAAUGAAUUAUUUACAAAAAGCAAGUACAACAUUUAAACAAUUAUUUUUGAGUAAUCGUUGCUGUCUUAUAAGUAAUGAGAUACAGGAAAUUUUUAAUUUAAUCAAUCUUACAAACACCAAUUAUGGUAAAAGAAAAUUGAAGUUGGACAUUUUGCAACCUUUGAUUUUUGCCACAGAUAUUAAACUUAGGCGAGAGAAACUUCUUUAUUUUAAACAAAAUCCAGUGCUAAGCAUUACAAUUGAAAAAAUUCUAAGAAAAAUGCCUGAUAUAGAAAAUAUUAUAAAUUUUAAUUAUGGUUGUAAUAACGACAUAAAUAGUUGUAAAAAACAUAUUGAUUCAACAUAUAAAAUUUAUAAAUUUAUAAAGUUGUACCAUGCACUUCGAGAAAAGUGUGCUCUAUUUAAAUUUGAUCAUGGUUCUAUUUUAAAUGUCUUUAAAGAAAUUUUUAAUAGUGACAUUCAUGACGAAAAUCAAAUAGAUUCACUUUUUAAUACAGGAAUUGAUGACUACUUAGAUCUUGCAAUAAAAAUUUACAAGGAAACUUUUGAGGCUACUCAAGAUUAUUUAAAACAGAUUAUUACUGAACUUGAUUGUAAAAUACAUAAAUCUUCUAACAAUGAAUUCCAAUUUAAAUUUAAACUACCAAUUAACUUUGAGGCAAAUUAUAAAAAUAAUGAAAGAAAAUUAUCAACAAAGGAUUCUUUUAGCAACAUGAACAAUUUUUUAAACUCAAAAACCAGUAUUUUAGAUUGCACUUAUACACCAACAAAAAGUAUAGAAAAAAAGGCUAUAAAUGAUUUAUCAUCUAAAGAGAUUUUUUUACCAGCAAAUGAUUUAGAAAAAAAAAAAAAUAAUUUAAACAUAAAUUUUAAGUUGCCCAAAGAGUUUAUUUUAUUAAACAGUAAAAAUAAUUAUGUUAUUGUAACUACCUUGGAAUUGCAAAAAUUAAAUUUUAAACUAUCAGAAUCAUAUAAUCAGAUUUUAGAAAUAGGUGGUGAAUUGUGUAAAGAGAUAUUAAAAGAAUGUAAAAAUUAUAGACAAAAAUUUUACGAUUUUUUUGAUGAAAUUUCAGAGAUCGAUUUGUGUUUAAGUAGUUAUAAAUUUUCUAACAAAUUUGAUUGUUGUCUACCAACAAUAAGCGAUAAAAUCUGUAUUGUUUCCUCAUACAACCCUGUGAUUAACAAAGAAAAAGUUAUUUAUAAUGAUAUUUAUUUGUCUAAUUUGUUUAGAGUUAAUAUAUUAAUGGGUUCAAAUAUGAGUGGCAAGUCGGUGUAUGCAAAACAAAUAUUACAAAUUGUUGUUUUAAAUCAAAUAGGAUAUCCUAUUGCUGCAAAAAAUGCCACUAUAAAACUUUUUAAAAAAAUUAUAUUUAAAUCAAAUCACAAAACAAAUGUACAAGAGAUUAUUAAUCUUAUUGACAAUCAAUAUAAUGAUGAAAACACCUUGUUGAUAUUAGAUGAGCUUAAUAAUGGAAUACAUUGGGAAACACUUGUACCACUUAAUAUAGCUAUUGUAAAAUACCUACUAAUUUUUCAGGUUUAUUGUUUAAUGAUAACACACAAUACUGAUUUUAUCAAAUUUAUAAAACAUUUGCCCGGCUUAAAUUUUCUGUCUAGUUACAAAUUUAUGGUCACAUAUGGUUUUAAUCGAAAUUGCAAAACUAUUUAUUCAUUAAUCAUGCAAAUUUUAAAUAUUUCACUAAAAUAUGAUGAAGAAGAUAAAUGUAAAGAUUCAAAUGCUAUAAUAAAACUGGCUCAACAAAUUCAACGUAGAAAUACAGAAAAGGAUGAAAAAUAUAUUAUUGAUCAGAUUUUGCAAUAUAAUCUUUUUUAUUACCAGUAA